AUGCGUCUGUGCGCCGACACGAACGCGCAGGGCCUGCGCUCGGCGCUGUCCCUGAUGACCUCUGCCGAGUACCUGCGGACGGCCGCCGCCGGCCAGCCGGCGCCCUUCCACACUGCACCGUUCCCCUAUCUGAGUGUCUGGUUCGAGCGCGCCGUGUCCGAGUGCGUCUCUCUGCUGGCGCUGCAGCCCUCCGUGGUGCAGCAGCUGCUGUACGGAUACCGCUCCGACGAGGCCUCCUCCAAGGCCCGUCUGGCUGUGGUGAGCCUGUACCUGGCGCGCGGCGGCCGCUCGGCCGGUCAGGCCGACGCCCGCUGCCAUGGCGACAUCGGAUGCCAGCAGGCCGCCAACGCCGUGAUGGAGGCGGCUGUCACUCAGCUGCUGCCAAUCAGCUACCACGCAGCCUCGCUGCGCUGGCUGGAGGCGCUCGAGGCGGCGCCGGCCACCGACGCUGACGCCACCUGGCGCACCGAGAUGAGCUCUGCUCUCGGAGCGCCGGCCGCCGCCGCCACGCCCUCCCAGCUCGACAACACACUUCUACGACGCCGGACGCCACAUCGCGCGCGUGCUGGCCGGCGUGGCUGGCUUCCAGUUGCAUGCUGCCGCCUGCCCCGAGGGCACGCCCAGUGUCUGCCGGACGGCGCCGAGGCUGCCGGAGCUCUGAUCACCGAGUGA